AUUUAUUAUGCUUUCUAAGUUUUAAAAUUCAUUCGCUCCAGAUAAGAAUCUAUAAACUCUAAUUGAAUCAUUCAAUCAAUCUCAAAAGAAUUAAGGGACCAUACCUAGAAAUAGAAUAUCAAAUACUUAUUAAUUAAUUCCUGGAACAGCUAUUAGACCUCCAGGAACUUAAACAUUAAGUAAAUUUUAUCCAUCAUCAUUAAAGACAUAUUCUAAGAAAAAGUUACAUUUACCUUAUAAUCCAAUCCUUCAAUCAAGUAUUUAUAUACAUAUUAUUUAAAUAGUACAAUCUUUUCAAAUGACUAAUAAGACAUAUUAUUGAAAUUCUCACCAAAUAAUAGAAAUAUAUAAAUAGUUACUUUGGAUAGGCCUUUAAGAGAAUAAAAAGAAGAAGAUCAAAGUAUGAAUUCUUAUAUAUCAUCUGCCUAUUCCUAUUAAUAAUAAUACAAACUUAAAAUUGAUUUUAAAUUAGAAGAUACUGAUGAAAUUGAAGUAAAUGGAAAUGAUAAUCUAAUAACCAUACUCACUAAAGGAUAAAUUAAAUAAUAAAAGAAUGAUUAAAAUAAAAAAUAAAUCUAAUGCGUAAAUUAAGAUAUUAUUAGUAAAAUUCAAUAAUUUUAUAAAUAGAUAAAAAUGAAGCUUAAAUUGUUUAAAUUUAAAUCAAAUUCUUAAGAGAAUGGUAUGUAAAAUUAGGAAAUAAUCAAUUUACUGCUAAAAAAGCUCUUCAAGAUUGUUUUAAAUCAUUAUAGUUACCAAAAAUGAAAUUUACGGCUUUUGAUAAUUAGAUUCCAAGUUCAGAAUAACCGCCUAUUCUUUCCUAACCAGAUUUAAAUAAAAAAUAAUCUAUAAAAACUGAAGUUAAAUAAGAACCAGAAAAAGAAUAAUAAUAAGAAGAAGUAGAAUAACCUACAUAAAUAUCAGAAAAAGAUCUUUAGAAUUUAUUUCCUUUAGUAAGCGAAGAUUUUGUUUAGAGAUAGAAAGAAGCACUUGAAAAAAGUAUGUUAUCUAAUUUUAUUUUAGAGAAUUCUACUUCUGAAGAAAAGAUUAAACGUUUAUUUGAAGAAGUUCGCAUUAAAUAAUUCAAAUCAUAGCCUUAUAAUGCUGAUAAAAAUUUCUUCAGGUGUCCUUAUCAUAGAUGUUAAAAAGGUUAUAAAAAACCCAAUUAAUUAAAAAAUCAUAUGAAAUAAAAUCACCAGAAAUUAUCUGAGAUUGGUUUCACAAUUGACGACAAUGGAGAAUUCAAAUAUAAUGAGAAAAUUUUAGAUUAUUGUCUACUCUUAUGGAAAGUAUAUCCUAAUUUCGUUAAAUCAAUUAUCAAUGAAGUAAGUAUAUAUUUCUAUUAUUUUAGAUGAGGUAAAGAAAAGAACAACCGAGUGCAUGAAAUAACAUAUAAUAUUAUCU